CUGCAUCGCGCGCGCCUUGUUGCGCAAGAGCCGCGUCGUCUUGCUGGACGAAGCUACCGCCAGCAUCGACUUGGCGUCGGACCGGCUCAUCCAAGAGACCAUCAAGGAGUGCUUUGGUCAGGACGUGACCUUGCUUGUGAUUGCGCACCGUCUGGACACGAUUCUGGACAGCGACCAGAUUCUGGUGAUGGCCGACGGUCAUGUGGCCGAGUACGGCCCCCCAAGCGAACUCCUCGCUAACGAAGCGGGUGCGUUUGCGCAGCUGGCCAAACAGGCACAAUUGUCGGCCUAAAUCGAUAGGAUCUGAAUUUGAUUAUCGGGCAUUGCAUUUGGUUGUUCAGUUGUAAAAAAGGGGUUUCCGUUG